AUGGCCAACAAUACCACCACCACAAACCACCUGCCGUCCCCGGCCCCCAACGGCGGUGGAACCACCAGCUCCACCGCCGUAAAUAUCAUCCUCUCUUUUUUAGCACUUAUUUGUAUUCCGAUUUUAAUUUACGCCUUUUUUUUCCUCCUCAAGUGUCCUCCCUACCCUGUGGAGUGGCGCAGACGUAGAAAUUUGGGCGAGAUUUCCGGGGGAGAGGGGGAUGCAAAAGCAGGACACGUGGAUGUGGUUUAUAAAAGCGGUGGAGACAGCAAGAAGAAGGAGGAGACAAGUGACGAGAUAGAUUAUGAUGGGGAGUGUCCGGUUUGUUUGUCAAUGUAUGUUGAUGGGGACGAGGUUCGAGUGCUGAAUGUUUGCAAACAUAGGUUUCAUGUUUCGUGUAUUAAUAAGUGGCUUGUUUCGCAUAGUAAUUGUCCGGUUUGUCGCGCUUCGGUGAGACUUAAACGGGUCACGCAGCCGAGUAUGGCGGCUUCUGAUGAUCUCCGCCAGGGAUUGCCGGAUGCUUCGUCAAUGGUUUAG